CUCCCAGUUCUACACAUUCUCUCUCUCUCUCUCUCAGUCCUCAUCUGCGCCUCGGCGGAGUAACAUGUUGCGUUGUCGCAGCUACAGUGCUGAGCAGUAAGCAGAGGCUGCCUGCUCUCUGCCCGGCUGGCCAAACAUAAAGAGCAAACCAGAAGGAGAAGCAAGACGAAGGGAACCGAAGUCUCGUCUCUCGUCUUCAGCGUCCGACCACCUUCUCUGGAAGGGGGAGGGAGAGGAGGUGUAGGAGAAAGAGGAAGACCUGAUCGGUGCUCACACUGGCCAAAGCAGGAGGAGCAACAGAGGAUGCAGAGAAAGCUGGAGGAGCUGAAAAGUUGGCUCUCCUUCACUCAGCCGACCAUCCAUCCCCCACAGUCGACCAAACUUUUUUAAAAGAAGAAGUGGAGAAGGAGGAGGACUUUUGAGGGUGAGGGAGGAAGGGCAGCGAAAGUAUCUCGCCCUGGUCAUUUUUUUCUGGUCAGCAGGAAAGCGGGGCCAUCCUUCCAGAGGCAGCUACCCAUGUGGCAGGAGGCUCUGUGGACCCGCGGACGCUACCUGCUGGAGAAGAGCGAUGGGGGCGAGGGUGCAGAGGGGCCCGAGGGCCUCGGGGACGGGUGCCCGGGGUUCCAGGGUGACAUGUGCGUGGAGGGCGAGAAGCCCCAGGACUGGCUGUACGAGUCCUACUACAGAAUGAGCCAGCAGCAUCCGCUGAUCGUGUUCCUGCUGCUGAUCGUCAUGGGAACCUGCUUCUCACUGCUGGCGGUGUUCUUCGCUUCGGGACUGAAAACAGAGGACCACUUGACGUUCCUGAUCACUGUUCCAGCCGCUCUCUUCCUCUUCCUGUCCAUCUUCAUCCUCGUCUGCAUUGAGUCGGUCUUCAAGCGGAUGCUCCGCCUCUUCUCUCUCCUCAUAUGGGCCUGUCUGGUCACCAUGGGUUACCUGUUCAUGUUCUCAGGAGGGAUACUCAGUCCGUGGGACCAGGUGUCUUUCUUCCUGUUCAUCGUGUUCGUCGUCUACACCAUGCUGCCCUUCUCCAUGAGAGGGGCCAUAAUCGCCAGCGGCGUCACCUGUCUGUCGCACACUGUCACCCUCAGCAUCUGUCUGGCCAACACAGUCCCACAUCUGGAGCCGCUGGUCUGGCAGAUCUUAGCCAACGUGAUAAUCUUCACCUGUGGCAACCUGGCCGGGGCGUACCACAAGCAUUUGAUGGACCUGGCUCUCAAACAGACCUACCAAGACACCUGCAACUGCAUCAAGUCUCCCAUCAAGCUGGAGUUUGAGAAGCACCAACAGGAGCGUUUACUCUUAUCCUUACUGCCGGCUCACAUAGCCAGAGUGAUGAAGGCCGAGAUCAUCCAGAGGCUGCAGGGACCCAACUUUGGGCGAACUGAGAGCACCAACAACUUCCACAACCUCUACGUGCAGCGGCACACCAAUGUCAGCAUCCUGUACGCCGACAUCGUGGGCUUCACCAGGCUGGCAAGUGACUGCUCUCCAGGUGAACUCGUGCAUAUGCUGAAUGAACUGUUCGGCAAGUUUGACCAGAUUGCCAAGGAAAACGAAUGCAUGCGAAUCAAGAUCCUGGGAGAUUGUUACUACUGUGUGUCUGGUCUGCCCGAGUCUCUGCCUCACCACGCCAGGAACUGCGUGAAGAUGGGCUUGGAUAUGUGUGAGGCCAUCAAGAAGGUCCGAGAUGCCACUGGAGUCGACAUCAACAUGCGUGUUGGCGUUCACUCCGGGAACGUCCUCUGUGGUGUGAUCGGCCUCCGCAAGUGGCAGUAUGACGUGUGGUCCCAUGAUGUGACGCUAGCCAAUCAUAUGGAGGCAGGAGGUGUUCCAGGGAGGGUCCACAUCUCCUCGGUGACAUUGGAGCAUCUGAAGGGCUCAUACAAGGUGGAGCCUGGAGAUGGACAGAGCCGAGACUCCUACCUGAAGGAACACGGAGUGGUCACGUACCUGGUCAUCAACCCCAAGACUGAGAGACACAGCCCUUUGCUGGGAGUGCGCUCUCGUCCCUCUCUGGACAGCGGAAAGAUGAGGGCGUCCGUCAGGAUGACCCGUUACCUGGAGUCCUGGGGAGCUGCCAAGCCCUUCGCCAACCUCCACCACCGAGACAGCAUGACCACGGACAACGGCAAGAUCAUCACUACAGACGUUCCAAUGGGGCAGUAUCACUUCCAACGGCGAGAAAGGUCCAAAUCUCAGCGGAGGAGGUUUGAGGAGGAACUCAACGAGCGAAUGAUUCGCACCAUUGACGGCAUCAACUCACAGAAACAGUGGCUAAAGUCUGAGGACAUCCAGAGGAUCUCAUUGUUCUUUCACAACAAAGCCCUGGAGAAGGAGUACAGAUCCACGACAUUACCAGCCUUCAAGUAUUACGUUACCUGCGCCUGCCUCAUAUUCUGCUGUAUAUUCAUCGUGCAGGUCCUCGUCUUGCCCAAAACUGCAGUGCUGGGGAUCUCCUUUGGCCUGACAUUCCUGCUGCUGUCUUUGAUCCUGCUCCUUUGUUUUGCUGGACACAUUCUGGUGCAUUUGCAUCAGGGGAGGAAGGGGUCCCUGUGCUCGCUCACCUGGUUCCCCACCUCCUCCCGCAUCAUCGUCACCAACAAUCCCUGGCUGCGUUUGGUCCUCACCAUGACGACCACUGCUGUCAUACUGGUGAUGGCGGUUUUCAAUAUGUUCUUUGUGGAGGAUCCUGGAGGAUCUGUGGAGGACGUCCUGACGACUACUCCACCUGAGGUCCUGACAACUUACCCACCUGUGGUGGCAAUCAUCACUCCUCUUGUGAAUCGAAGUAAUGACAGCCUGUUUGACUACCAUGAAGAAAACAUAGGAGAAAACAGAUUUUAUCUGCCAUACUUCAUAUACUGCUGUAUUCUGGGCCUGGUCUCGUGUUCAGUGUUCCUGAGGAUCAACUAUGAGCUGAAGAUGGUUGUGAUGCUGGUCGCCGUGGUGAUCUACAACAUCAUCAUCCUCCAGACUCAUGCCUCUUUGCUGGAUGGCUUUAGCAAAGCGCUGUACCCCACAAAUGAACUGGAUAGACCAGGAGUCCUAAAGGAUCUUAAGACGAUGGGCUCCGUAUCUCUUUUCAUCUUUUUUGUCACACUGCUGGUGUUGGCCAGGCAGAAUGAAUAUUACUGUAGGUUGGACUUCCUGUGGAGGGACAAGUUCAAGAGGGAGUGUGAGGAGAUCGAAACCAUGGAGAAUCUCAACCGGGUUCUGCUGGAGAACGUUUUACCCGCCCACGUUGCUGAACACUUCCUGGGACGCAACUGGAAAAAUGAGGACCUUUAUCAUCAGUCAUACGAGUCGGUGUGCGUGAUGUUCGCCUCCAUCCCAGACUUCAAAGAGUUCUACACGGAGUCCGAUGUCAAUAAGGAAGGACUCGAGUGCCUCCGUCUCCUCAACGAGAUCAUAGCAGACUUCGACGAGCUGCUGUCCAAGCCAAAGUUCAGCGGAGUGGAGAAGAUAAAGACCAUCGGUAGCACCUACAUGGCUGCAACUGGGCUCAAUGUGACGCCCGGACCAGAGUGCGCACAGGAACAUGACAGACAGUACAUGCACAUUGGCACAAUGGUGGAGUUUGCGUUCGCUCUCGUUGGGAAGCUAGACGUCAUCAACAAACACUCCUUCAACGACUUCAGACUCAGAAUUGGAAUAAACCACGGCCCAGUGAUUGCAGGAGUUAUCGGGGCCCAGAAGCCUCAGUAUGACAUCUGGGGAAAUAGUGUAAACGUGGCCAGUAGGAUGGAGACCACGGGGGUCCUGGGCAAAAUACAGGUAACAGAGGAGACGAGUCACAUCUUAACAACGUUAGGGUACAUGUGCUCAUGUCGCGGCGUCAUCAACGUGAAGGGCAAAGGAGAGCUGACGACCUACUUUGUUCACACGGAGAUGACCCGAUCGCUGUCACAAGGGACCAUGAUGCCUUGAGGAACAGACUUGAGGCCGCGCACGCACGCACACACACACACACACACGCACACACACACGCACACACACACACACACACACACACGCGCACACACACACACACACACACACACACACAAAGUGGCCGUAGUAAUGUGUCAUGCUCUGUAACUAAAGCACAUCACCAGCAGCGCACUGGGUACACAGUUGUCGAGAGCCACUUUUGUGCUUAGCACCGCGACGUAGUCCUUCAGCGCUGCACUGGUGUCUUUUUCACAUCUCAAGUGCAACGGGAACUUUGCUCUGAGGAGUCUCUCUUCGGUGUUAAGGGAGUGCCUGACUAAAGGGAGGUUUGCUACAUGAGUGCCGCUCGCCAGGACCGCGCCGUCACCCGUCUGUACAGUAGUAGUGGAGCUAAUUAGCCAUGCCAGUGUUGCAGUGCCUCAGAGACUUGUAAUUGAGCAAACUGAGCUGCCUGCCGAGCUGUAUUUUAUUUUUAUUUUUUUUAUUAUUUUUUUAAAUAAAUAGCUGCCUGGUUGGCACUGUGAGACCGCUUUCUUCCAUUUUAUUCCAAAUGGACGUUAGAGUAGUUCAUCGUCAUAUAGAGCAGCUGACGCCAACAGAUUGCCAGCGUGAUGGGUAGUGCGCCAAAACCUGUGAAUUGUAUUUAAAGACUUUAGAGGUUGUGUUCGUGUCCCACCGAAGAGUAGGUGGACUCGGGAUUCUCAGAAGAGGAGAGCAGCGGUUUCUUUUUUAAUGAUCCAUCUGGAACCAAACAGACAGCAAAGUGUGUAAAUGUUCACUGCCAUUCCUUUUGUUAUCCAUUAAACAUUUGUAUAUAAACGACAA